CGGGCAACGUCAUGGAGACUCACGAAGUGACCGAGCGGCGUCCGCUUUAGGAUGCUGGAAUGCCUUCGCGUGGUGCGCGUGCUAAUAGAGCGCGAUUUUAUCCCAUUGGAGCUUGGAGGUGGGUCUGCAAGUCCUUGUUUUCCUUGCUGGCGUUUGUAUUGCUGGCAUACGGACACUCAUUCGAUCAUGAUGAGUGGCUGGCUGAACUUCUCGAGCGAGGAGGAACACCGCCAUCAGGCGUAUACGUAGACCAAACGGAGGAAUCAGCGCCGGGUGGCAGUGACAGUCACGAGCCCAAUACGCUCGGGCUGCUGGAUGCUUUCCUCGAUAGUCCUGUGGGCCAUAAUCCAAGGAACACCUUCUCUUGCAAUUCUCGAUAUCCUGCAGUAGCAUCGCAGCCAGCACUGCAAACUCCUGUUAUUGACUGGUCAUUAAUUUACCCAGAUACCCUUUCCUCCCUCGCACAAGAACACCGCCUCUCGCAUUCACCGGCUUUCACGCACGUUCACAGCUCGGUUGGACUCCAUGCUCAUGGCGACACCCGAUGCGCAAGAUGAUAUAUUCGAUGCCGUCGAGAACGCGGUCCGGAUCCCAUAUGGCCUGGAGGACAGCGUAGAUUCGACAGAUCUGCGGCGAAUCUGUGAGUAGCGUGCUAGAAUGACCAAGGAUCGAAGGCGAUCAAGAUGUUGGAGUCGCUGUGUCGUGUGUAUGCGUGGCGAAAGAUGCAAAACGAUAUCACUCCCCCGAUGUACACUGCCUUGCCGGUCUUCACGCAACCGAAGGCACCGAAGACCCCGGAUACCAG